AUUCCACGUGGAGACUUCCAAGCUGUCAGAAGGGCGCCUUAACAAAAAAAAACAGUCGUGUCAACAAAAUUUCCCAUAUGCUCGUGUUUUGAGCCUCUCCGGGCAGUUUUUAGCCAGUAACAUCGCCGCUCUCUUUUCAUGACUGCACCAGAUGAUAGUGUUCAGUGUUAUCAGGGAUUUGAUAGUGUCUGUGGACAAUAUAAUAAAGUCACGAGCAGGUGUUUUUACACGUUUUGCAAGUGACGUGUCCCAUGCGAAUUGCCCAGCGCGGAUCAGUGUGUGAUUGGGGCGCAUGAAAGACACGUCGAUCGACAUCAUGGAGAUCCGGAAGAGACAGGACAAGACCCCAGACAGACGCAGCAACAGGGAUGUGGAUGUGUCGCCAGAGGAGAAGAUUGAGAAGAGUGACUUGCGCGGGGAUAAACUAAACAUAGCCAUCCUGUUCUUUCUCUACCUGCUCCAGGGCAUUCCAAUUGGACUAACAGCUGCUAUUCCCAUGCUCCUGCAGAACCGAGGAGCCACAUACAAGCAGCAGGCAGAGUUCAGCUUUGCGUACUGGCCGUUUAGCCUCAAGCUCCUCUGGGCACCAAUUGUGGACUCUCUGUACUGGAAUGCCUUCGGCAGGCGGAAAUCCUGGCUUAUUCCUACCCAGUAUUUAAUAGGGCUGUUCAUGCUGAUCCUCUCACAGCAUGUCAAUCAAUGGCUUGGCGGCGGAGCCUCUCCGCCCAAUGUCCAGGUCCUCACAGUCAUCUUCUUUGCCCUGAACUUCCUGGCAGCCACCCAGGACAUCGCAGUCGAUGGCUGGGCUCUCACAAUGCUCAAGAGAUGCAAUGUUGGUCAUGCAUCGACGUGCAACAGCGUUGGGCAGACAGCUGGAUACUUCUUGGGCUACGUGGUGUUCAUGGCCCUUGAAUCCACAGAAUUCUGCAACACGUACCUGCGAAGUCAGCCCGAACCGGAGGGAUUUGUCACUCUGCCGGGCUUCCUGUGGUUCUGGGGAAUCGUUUUCCUGGCCACAACGACACUCGUGGCCAUUUUCAAGCGAGAAAAUGUCCCUCAAGCCUCCAGAAGGUACAAAGAUGAGCCGGAACUCAAUAUCCGACAAUCCUACACCCUUCUCCUGGACAUCCUUCGGAUGCGUCCCAUUCAAAUCCUCGGAGCAAUUCUGCUCACCAUUAAGAUCUCCUUUGCUGCGUCGGAUGCUGUCAGCUCUCUCAAAUUAAUCGAUGCUGGAGUGCCAAAGGACAAAUUGGCUCUUCUGGUGGUGCCUCUGGUACCCCUCCAGAUCAUCCUGCCACUCGUGAUCAGCAAAUAUACCACCGGACCUCGCCCCAUGGACGUCUACAUCAAAGCAAUUCCGUACAGAUUGGCUCUGGGAGUCAUUGCGGCAUUUGUUGUGUGGAUCACACCAGCAUUCUUUAUCAAUGGACAGUUCCCAGUUUACUACUACGUCAUGCUGAUAAUCAACUACGGACUGUAUCAGAUAACCCUGUACUCGAUGUUUGUGGCUGUGAUGGCGUUUUUUGCGCGAAUCAGCGAUCCCGCUGUGGGAGGCACUUACAUGACCCUCCUGAACACUGUCAGCAAUCUCGGGGGCAAUUGGCCGUCAACUGUGGUGCUGUGGCUCGUGGAUGUGCUCACGUGGGGCCGAUGCAACAUUCCAGACUCCCAAACGGACAACAUGUGCGCCAGUCAGGAGCAGAAAGAUGCCUGCAAAUCCGCUGGAGGGAAGUGUGAGAUAAACAUCGAUGGGUACUACAUCGAAUGCGUCAUUUGCCUGAUCUACGGGCUGUUUUGGUAUAAAUGGGGCAGGACAAAGAUUGCCUACUUACAGAGGCUUCCUCUGAGGUCGUGGAAGGUCGUUGAGGAGACAUCAUCGAGGGAUUCCGAGAGUUUGCUGCGGAAUCAAAAUGCUGUCCAUUGAUGUGGAAGCGAACUUUUUUUUUGUUUUAGGAAAUAUUGACUAUAAAAAUUCUCUUGAUAAGAGCUAUCAAAUAAGCGUGCGAGUGCAAUUUUUGUGUGAGAGAAAAAUUGAUUAUAGGAAACUCAAAUCAUUCUGGAUAUUUUUUUUCCAUCUCCGAGCUACUUAUGUGAUUUAUUGGCACAUCUGUGAGUUUAUCAUUGUGCGUGAUUGGUGGAAUUAGGCCUAUUUGAGUAUUUUUUUCACAAAUUGUUAAUAAAAUUGUAAAAACAAAGUGCACAGAAAAUAAAAAAGAAAAAAGACCGUUUGACGAAA